AUGGCAUCCGGGGAGAACUUGGCGCCGCGGGAUGCAAAAGUCAUAUCUGUAAUCCUUAGGUCCCUAGGAAUAGAGGAAUGUGAGCCAAAGGUCAUUAUACAGCUGUUGGAAUUCGCCUAUAAGUAUACUACAGAUGUUCUAGAAGACGCAUUGCUAUUUGCAAAACAUGCGGACAGGGUGCAUAUCAUUACAAAUGAUGUUAAGCUUGCUCUUCAGACAAAGGUAGGAAGGCAUUUUGUCCCUCCUCCGCCAAGACAGUAUCUAUCUGACAUAGCUGCAAUGGUCAAUUCAAAGCCACUAUCAAUACCAGAUGGGGAAAACCUCAUCAAGGUUCCUCCCUCAUCCUCGGCACUACUUAACUUGGACUAUGAAGUCCUUAGAAAAGACAGCGAUAAGAAGAGAAGAAUUUACUGA